UCGGGGAUGGGUUGUGACUUGCGCUAAAUAUUCAAAAUGGCGGACAGAGGCUCAGCGAGUCAAGAUGAGCGCUUGAGAGCAGAUUCUACAAGCGCAGCAACAGAAUCCAGUAAAAGUGCCAUGGAGAACGGAGUCCAAGCUGCUCAAACAAACGGGCUGGACUCGCAACAGAAACCAAAUGGACAAGCAACAAGUGCAAUCAGCAACAUGCAGGCACAAGCUUUGCUCCAGCAGUUGAGUCUGAGUUCAGCGCAGCAGCAGCAGUUGUUUCUGCAGCAGGCUCAGCAGAUCCUCGCAGCUGCUGUGCAGCAGCAGUCAGCAGGCCAGCAGAGCAGCACCACUGGAGCCAACAUCUCUACUACUGCUGCGACACCCAUCACCCAGAUCCCCCUCUCACAGCCUAUCCAGAUCGCACCUCAGUUGCAGCCUGCUGGUCUUAACCUGCAGCAGUUUGUAUUGGUGCAGCCGGGACAGCUUCAGCCUGCUCAGUUCAUCAUCUCUCCUUCACCUCAAGGCCAGACUGGCCUUAUUCAAGGCCUUCAAGCCCAGAAUCUUCUGACACAACUACCUCAAAGUCAAGCCCACAUCCUGCAGCCUCAGCCAAGCAUUCCUCUAACUACACAGGCAGCAACACCGACACGAAAGAUAGCUGCCAUGCCGUCAGCUGCACCGCACACAACAAAGCGGGCGGAUGGUCCUCUAGUGGAGGAGGCCAGUGAACUAGAGGAGCUAGAGCAGUUUGCCAAGGCCUUUAAACAGAGGAGGAUUAAACUGGGAUUUACUCAGGGAGACGUUGGCUUGGCCAUGGGAAAGCUGUACGGGAAUGACUUUAGCCAGACCACCAUCUCCCGCUUUGAGGCCUUGAACUUGAGCUUCAAGAACAUGUGCAAGCUCAAACCUUUGCUGGAGAAGUGGCUCAAUGAUGCUGAAAAUAUGACAUCAGAAUCUGCAGUUUCCAGUCCCACUGACAUGUCCCCAGGCAUGUGCGAGGGUCUCAAUCGACGGCGUAAGAAAAGAACCAGCAUUGAUACCAACAUUCGCAUUGCCUUGGAGAAAAGCUUUCUGGAGCAGAGCCAAAAGCCUACCUCUGAGGAGAUAACACUGAUUGCAGAUCAGCUCAACAUGGAAAAGGAGGUGGUGAGAGUGUGGUUCUGUAACCGCCGGCAGAAGGAGAAGAGGAUCAACCCCCCAAGCAGCAGUACACCCAGCACACCCAUCAAAACAGUCUUUACCAACUCCCCGUCAGUGAUAUCCAGUGCAUCAAAUACACUGAAUGCCAGUUCAGCGCUCUCUCUCAGCACUGCCUCUGUUCCCAACCUCACACUUGCCGGUACUACUCUAGGGCCAGUCACCUCAAACACUGCAACAGUCAUUUCUUUGGCACCUGCUGUCGCCACUCCAGCUCCAACUGUGACGUCCCCAUCGCUUACUCCUUCUGCUACAGCAGCAGCUCUGUCUAGUGUAAAACAGGAAGCGGUCAGGACAACAGAGACUGGGUCCACCAUAGCAACAUCAACUGCACAGGGGCCUGGACAGCUUGUCAUGACUCCAGCAGGGCUCGGUGGAGCAAAUCUGGCAGCCAUGGCAGCAGCAGCAGGACUUAAUCCAGGGAUUAUUUCACCCUCCCAGCUAACACAAGGGGGAGCAUUGCUAAGCUUAGCUCCAGCAUCUCUUAGCAAUGCUCUGACUCCAACAGCACUGAUGAACAACACCACACUGGCCACUAUUCAGGCUCUUGCAUCUGGUGGGGCGUUACCCAUAACCUCUAUUGACGGAAACGGCAACAUGCUCUUUGCCAACACCAGUGCAGGAAGUACCACGCCCAAUCUCAUGACCACUCCCGUUCUGUUCAACUCGCCCCUGUCUCUGCUCCCCACUGGUGUCCUUUCAGCAGGCGGAGCUGGGGGCGGGGCUCUCAACCUACAGGUUACUGGUGAUGCACACCAGAGCUCUGUGCCAGUCAAAAGCAUCACUGUGGCCUCCAAGGCUCAAUGAACAUUUGCUUUUCCCCCCCUCACUCUUUUUAGACUUUAUUUAAUCCCUUUGCUACUACCAAAUAUUGAGAUGUUUUAUUAUAACUAUGACUUUUUAUCCUUGUGCCAGGAGACUUUGUUACCCUUUUUUUUUUUGGACAAACCAGCUGUCUGUCUUUAGCAGUUGUUUCCGAGCCUUUAUGGAAACUAUUUGAUGGUAUAGUUGUACUGAUUUUGGCACAUGCUGAGGAGGCAGUUGGAAUCUUUCUUGACUUUAUUUUUGCAUGGGUUGUGGGAUUAUUAUUUUUUUUUUCUUUUCCUUCCUGAAAUCAAUCUCUUCAAAAGUAAUGUUUGACUGAACCAAAAAUGUGAGAUUUUGAUAUCACGUUAAUCGUCCUUAAAUGAGAUUAUGGGUCACAAAGGACUUUCUAAUCCCCUUUGUGCAAGGUUCUCUUUAUUUCUGGGUCUGUUGUGCAGGUCCGUAUUUCAGAUUUCUAACCAAGAUCAUUGCAUAUAUUUUAUGCUUUAAGUUGUGUCUCAGUAGAUGUUUUUUGCAGGCUUUUAAAAAUAAAUCUAUUGUUCUAA